AUGCAACUUCGUGUCAGCGCCCAAGGGCCCGGGCAAUACGUGUACGUCGACCAGGCUGGGUCUGCACAUGCAUUAAAUCAGCAACAGACCGAGCAUGCUGCAGCGAUAUACGGGGCGUAUCCUACUUAUGCGACUGUUGGCAAUGGGGGCACUCCGUAUGGCAACUACUAUGACGGAGGAGGACUUGGGAAUCCUUACGGCAUUUCUGGUAUCGAAACCGAAGCCGAAAAGGAGGCCAAGAAUCGUUAUAGAGCUGGAGCGAGAAAAUGCAAGAGGAGUGGUAUGUGUUGCUGA